CGUUUUAAAAUUCCGUUAAAAUGAAAGUGAUUCCAAGUUUUAAGUGGUUUGUAUCAAAUAACUUAUACGGCAAAACAUCAUGCCAACAUAUCAGUACUAACAUCCGAUUAACUGCUACAAGGAAUAAUUCGAAAUUAGAUACCGUUGAGACGGUUAAGUCGAAAGUUUUAAAAACAGCGCCAUCUAGCGUUCGGAAAAUUGUAGUGAAAAAAUAUGAAAAAAUGGACGAAACGCAACAAGAAAAGAAGUGGUCACGUAUGGCUAAGAUCGGCGCUUGCGCUCAAUUGAAAAUCCCUAAUUUAAAUUAUUCCACGUCGGCUGAUUCAACGCCGACAAAGCGCGAAACAGGCGAUGGAAAAAAGUCGCCUGUCAAGAGCGGGACCAAGCCCAAAGAAACUCAAGGGACACCUGUAAAAUCUGUACCCGGUGCUAAAGGAGAAAUAAUUGCAGUAAUUGGCGCAGUAGUCGACGUACAGUUUGACAAGCAUUUGCCGCCAAUUUUAAACGCUUUAGAAGUACCAGGAAGAAAGCCUCGUCUCAUAUUAGAAGUAUCACAGCACUUGGGGGAGCGUACUUGUCGGACUAUUGCAAUGGACGGUACUGAAGGCUUGAUUCGUGGUCAGGCUGUAGUGGACACGGGCGCGCCCAUCACUAUACCAGUCGGUGAAGCGACUCUUGGACGGAUUAUUAACGUUAUUGGAGAGCCUAUAGAUGAGCGUGGUCCUAUCAAGACGGACCAGUUCGCGCCGAUCCACGCUGAAGCGCCGCCUUUUGUUGAAAUGUCCGUGGAGCAGGAGAUUCUUGUUACUGGCAUUAAAGUUGUGGACCUUCUGGCGCCUUACGUUAAAGGCGGUAAGAUCGGAUUGUUUGGCGGAGCUGGUGUUGGGAAGACGGUACUCAUCAUGGAGUUGAUCAACAACGUUGCUAAAGCACAUGGAGGAUUCUCGGUGUUUGCUGGUGUAGGCGAGCGCACAAGAGAAGGCAAUGACUUGUACAACGAAAUGAAAGUCGGCGGUGUUAUAACUGAUGAUUAUAAAACCUCAAAGGUGGCGCUAGUGUACGGUCAAAUGAACGAGCCGCCGGGCGCACGCGCUCGUGUCGCCCUCACCGGUCUAACAGUCGCCGAGCAUUUCCGCGACAAGGAGGGACAGAAUGUAUUACUAUUUAUUGAUAACAUAUUCAGAUUCACACAAGCCGGCUCAGAGGUGUCAGCGUUGCUUGGCCGUAUCCCAUCAGCGGUGGGCUACCAGCCCACGCUAGCGACAGACAUGGGCACGAUGCAAGAACGCAUCACAACUACUAAAGCCGGCUCUAUCACUAGUGUACAAGCGGUGUACGUCCCAGCAGACGAUCUGACAGAUCCAGCGCCGGCUACUACCUUCGCCCAUCUAGAUGCGACCACAGUGCUCUCUCGUGCGAUCGCCGAGUUGGGUGUCUACCCUGCAGUCGACCCUCUCGAUUCUACUUCCAGGGUAAUGGACCCACACAUCAUUGGACAGGAACAUUAUAACGUUGCUAGAGGAGUGCAGAAGAUUUUACAGGACUACAAGUCGCUGCAGGACAUCAUUGCUAUCCUCGGAAUGGACGAGCUCUCUGAAGAGGACAAGUUGACGGUGGCGAGGGCAAGGAAGAUACAACGCUUUCUCUCACAACCAUUUCAGGUGGCCGAAGUAUUUACCGGUCACAUUGGCAAGCUAGUGAAACUUGAAGAAACUAUCAAAGGAUUUCAACGGAUACUAAAAGGGGAGUUGGAUCACAUCCCAGAAGCAGCGUUUUACAUGGUGGGGACUAUAGAAGAUGUCAUUGCUAAAUCUCAAACUUUAGCUAAAAGCUAGAUUGUUUUAAACCAGUACGUAUUAUGCAA